AUGUCGGACCAAGUACAAGAUAUCCUGGACGUUCCCAGAGAGUUCCUCAAGGAUGGCAUGCAAUUCAUUAAUAGGUGCCAGAAACCGGAUCGAAAGGAAUUCAUUCGGAUAUGCCAGGCGGUUGGCACCGGCUUCCUGAUUAUGGGAUUUGUCGGCUACAUUGUGAAAUUGAUUCACAUUCCCGUCAACAAUGUCCUUGUGGGAGCAGCGUGA